CGCCGGCGCGACCGUGAUCCCUCACUCCCGUCUCCCCACCCCCUCUCAAGCCCGCUCGUGAGGGCGGCGAGCUUCGAAAGGGCGGGAAAGGCGGUUGGAAAAGGCGGCCCGAGCGGUUACUCACUCCAUGGCUACGCAAAGAAGAGGCGGCGGCGGCCUCGGCUGAAAGGGGAAGGCGGUAGUAGAGGAGCGCAGACGCGGUCGCAGACGCCGGUGGAUCUGCUUUGGGAGCCUGAAUAGCUGCUGCCACCAGAGUCUGGAGCCAUGAGCGGGUUUAACUUUGGAGCCGCGGGGGCCCCAACAGGCGGGUUCACUUUUGGCACUUCAAAGACGGCGACGACCACCCCUGCUACAGGGUUUUCUUUCUCCACGACCGGCACUGGCGGGUUUAAUUUUGGGACCCCCUCCCAGCCAGCUGCAAGUACCCCUUCCACCAGCUUGUUCUCACUCACCUCCCAGACUCCAGCAGCCCAGAACUCGGGGUUCAGUUUUGGAACUUCGACCCCCGCAUCGGGAGGAUCUGGCUUCUCCUUGGGCGUCAGCAUUCCAAAGCUGAGCUUGAGCCAUGCAACGGCCACCCCCACCACGGCCACCACUGGCGGCUUCGGGCUGAGUGGCAGCACCCUCACCAAUGCCAUCUCCAGCACCACCACCUCCAGCCAGGGUCCAGCGCCCACUGGCUUCGUGUUCAGCUCCGCUGCGACCACGUCCGCCGCCCCCUCCAGCACACCCGGAGGCUUCUCAUUCACAGGUGGAGGCUCGUCCCAGACCGCGUCCUCUGGUUUCACUCUUGGCUCCUUGGGGAGCACAACCCAACCUACAACACUUGCCACACUGCCCUUCACUUCAACCACACCAGCAGCGGCCACAGCAGUGGGGACCACACAGCCUGCUGUUCCCACCCUUGCCGCUGCCAGCACCAGUGCCGGAACUACGCUCUUUGCUGCCAUAGCCACGGCUCCAGCCCCAGCCACCACCAGCAGCAGCACGCUCUCCCUUGGCACCGCGACCUCAGCUGGGACUCCCAGCGCCGCAACACAGGGCUUUAGCGUGAAGACCCCUGGAGUCAGUUCCGUGGCCUCCACAACAGCAUCCACCACCACAGCCACCACCACCACUGCUGGCAGCACCUUUCCCCUGAAGUCAGGAGCACCAGCUGGCCUCUCUGGCAGUUUGCAGGCCCUGCCAAGCUCCAGCUCAGCCGCGGGAGUGUCAGCCAGUCCCGUGAUGACCUAUGCGCAACUGGAGAGCCUGAUCAAUAAGUGGAGCCUGGAGCUAGAGGACCAGGAGCGCCACUUCCUGCAGCAGGCCACACAGGUCAAUGCCUGGGAUCGCACGUUGAUCGAGAAUGGUGAGAAGAUCACCACCCUGCACCGCGAGGUGGAGAAGGUGAAGUUGGACCAGAAGCGGCUGGACCAGGAGCUUGACUUCAUCCUCUCGCAGCAGAAGGAGUUGGAAGACCUGCUGAGCCCACUGGAGGAGUCGGUGAAGGAGCAGAGCGGGACCGUGUACCUGCAGCACGCCGACGAGGAGCGUGAGAAAACCUACAAGCUGGCAGAGAACAUCGACGCGCAGCUGAAGCGCAUGGCCCAGGACCUCAAGGACAUCAUUGAGCACCUGAACACGUCCGGGGGACCCGCCGACACCAGCGACCCACUGCAGCAGAUCUGCAAGAUCCUCAAUGCUCACAUGGAUUCACUGCAAUGGAUUGACCAGAACUCAGCGCUGCUGCAGAGGAAGGUGGAGGAGGUGACCAAGGUGUGCGAGGGGCGGCGCAAGGAGCAGGAGCGCAGCUUCCGGAUCACGUUUGACUGAGCUGGGCUGUGGGGGCGGGAGGGUCCGGGUUCACUGGCAAUGAAAUUUUUGUUUGUUCUUCCUUUCCAAUGGUCGUGUUGUGAGAACGCUCCUGUGUGUGUGUCUUCGCAUCAGCAGUCUCUGGUACAAUCGACCUUUCCAUCUGCUCCUCGCACACUCCUCUCUGGCCAUCUGUUGGCAGCCGCUCUGCCCAGCGCACUGCAGAGAAACCAAGGCUCAAGGGUGUUGGCAGUGAGCGAGACUUUCCCAUCAGCACCCAGGUGGACUGCAAAUCACGUGCAAAGAUAGAGAAUCACAGAGUAGGUGGGAGGUCAAGUGAGGGACUGAACCAGGGUGCGGCAGGGCUCAGGUGAGCCGGAAAACCUCUCCUGGCCUCUUCCUAGCUGCCACCUCCUGCAGACCUGUCUCACCUCCUCGAGGAAGCCCUUUCUGCUGCCCUAAAGCUGGGUCACGUUGCUGUUCUGAGCUGGCCCCUUAAAUUAACACUUGCCACACUCUGGUCGCGCGGGCCUCAACAUUAAAUAAGGAACCCUAUGGGUGGGGACAUUUCUGUUCCCUCUUAAUCCUUGGCAACAGUACCUCUCACUUAGAAAAGACUCACAUGAUACUAACCAAUUUGUGAAAUAGCUACAACUCCAGAGUCUACAGACUCCAUCUGAGCUUCCCACGCCAUGGCACGACUGGUGCACCCCGAGUGUCCUGUGUUAGCAUCUAUAUGCUCAGCUGCACUCACAUACCCAGAACUUGGUAUCACUUUCUUAAAUAA